AGUAUAUGGUAGUGAACUACUAAAUGGUAGUGAGAGGAAGCCCAGUGACCGGCAAUGGGAGAAGAUGAAAAUAGAUGGAAUAUAUGGCCGACAUUCAGUACAUUUUCUCAUCGAUUAAAUAUUUGAGUUCAAUACAGUUUUCUGUUCCCAAAACUAGAACCAGUUACGAACAGAGUGGGCUAAGAGCAGCUGACUGGAAGCUGGAUGAGCCAGCAUGGACCGGCAGGAUGAAAAUAAUAUCCAUAGGAAAGCUUGCCUAUAUCAAGCUAGAGGACAAAAACUCAGGAGAGUUGUUUGCCCAAGCCCCAGUGGAGCAGUAUCCUGGAUGUGUGGUGGAGGCAGUCACAGAUUCCAGCAGAUAUUUUGUGGUGCGGAUAGAGGAUGGCAGUGGACGACAUGCAUUUAUCGGCCUGGGGUUUGCUGAUCGUGGCGACUCCUUUGACUUCAAUGUGGCUCUUCAAGACCACUUUAAGUGGGUAAAACAGGAAGGUGAGCUGGCAAAAGAGGAAGCGUCUCAGAGCACAGCACCCAAACUGGACCUAGGCUUUAAAGAGGGCCAGACGAUCAAGAUCAGCAUUGGGAACAUAAAGAAGAAGGAUCCAGGUGCUAAGUCUCGGCCCAUGGGUAGUGGCCUUCUCCUUCCUCCACCAAUGGCUAAGGGUGCAGUCCUUGUAUCCCCUCCUGGAGGCCAGCAAUCACCUCCACCUACACACUCCAACACAGCUUCUCUUUUAGAUUUUGGAGGCCGGGUCCCUUCCGCCCAGUCUACUGCAGACCUGUGGGGAGACUUCACAGCGGCUGGCGCCAGCUCCAGUCAAGACACUGCUAAAGGAUGGGUGCAGUUUUAGCUGUGAGAUGGACCACAUACACACACUCUCUCACACACUCAGGAUCCUUACAUUCCCUGGACAGAAUGAUUGAGGCAACAGAAAUGAGAGGUGGGGGAGCUCUGUCAACUUGACAGGUUGCUUGACACAUGAUGCUGUACGUUACCUACACAUUUUACAUACCAGAUGUAUAGAUUCAAACUAUCAAGUCAAUGAUUGACCAGCACAUCCUUUUUAGACACAAAAGACAAUAUUACUCUUUUUUUAGAUAUUUUAACUAUGCAGUCAGACGUGACAUUUCAUUUUGUUGUUGAAGUACUGAUACCUAUUUUGCUGUCACUUUGACCAGGUGAAAAGUAUGUGCGUUCCAUGUUAAUAACACCUUAAGGUGGCGGUCCGCUCAUUAUCUUUAUAUGUCCAUCCCUCAAAAUGUCUCUCAAUUUUUACACAAAUAUUGAUGUCAACAUCUCGCUGUCAACCUUUCCCCUUAUCUCUGACCCUUCACCUCAUACUACUAACUCCUGCCAGCAUCAUUCAUCAUCUCAUGGAGUCAUCCAACAUUUUGUGUAAAGUUGAGUAUUUGUAUGCCUUACUUUUUUAUUUCUGUUGGAAAGGGUGAGGAUUUGUCUUCUUUUUUAUGUUCAAAUAUAACUUGUGUCCCUCACUUUUUUAUUUGAGAGAAUAUGAAGGACAGGUGUGUCUUUUCACAAGGUUGGGAGUUGAUUCUGCUUCAAUGUUGCUCCACACCCUCCUUUAAACUGGCCCCUUGGUUAAGAUAAAGUAUAUUAUCUGUUCCUAUCAGUCUGAUAUCUUGGGCCUGUUAGUAUAGCAGCCAGAUCAAACCAAUGUCUAGUUUGGAUUUGGGGAAAUAUGAGGAGGUAGGUCAGAGAAAGUCAACAUUGACAGUGUUUUUAGAAGUUAACCAGAUAAGUAGAAUUCUGGUCGAUGUGUGUGAUGCGUUUAGUCUUUUCUGUUAUUUGUUUACAUAUCAUAAAUCUUUAGCAACCUUUCCUGUCCUUUUUGUUGAGUUUCUCUGUUUGUCAUCCUUUAUUUUACCCUAGGAGUGCCUUUUCAGCGAAAUGGGGGGAGUUGAGGUUUUGGCUUUAAUUUGCGACAAAUAUUUGCUCCAAGUGACUUACGCAAAUCAAAAUCACCUGUAUAAAAUGUAAAGCAAAAUGUUUACUGUAAAUAAACCAUUUGUCGUUCAGUUCUUCCUUUUA